UGUUCCACCCUCAACUCCACUCUCGUUUCACUUUCAAUUAUUUUUUGUGUCACAGCAAGAAAUUCAUCAGGUUCUCAAACAGAGCUGUUCUUUCCAUUGGAAUUAGUCUCUGAUGACAUCAUGGCGACUGCAGCAGCAGAUGAUCUGCAUCCUCUGAGGCGCUGUUGGAGUAUGGAAUGGUUGCCACCUUCCAUGUCUGAGUUGAGGGUUGUUCUGCUGGGGAACUCAUGGUCUGAGAGGAGUUCAGUGGGGAACGUCAUAAUGAGAGAGACUGUGUUCAACACUGGAAAAGAAGCAGACCAAUGUGAGCAAGUCAGGAGACAAAUAAAGGAGAAAGACAUAGUUCUUAUCAACACUCCAGAUCUGCUGCAUCCCACCAUCUCUGCAGACAAACUGACAGAACAUGUGACAGACUGUGUGAGACUCUCUGAUCCUGGACCUCAUGUGUUCCUGUUGGUUCUACAGCCUGAUGACUUCACAGAGGAAUAUAAACAGAGAUUUUGUAGAGUUCUUAAACGCUUCAGUGAUCAGUCAUUUGAGCAUUCACUGUUACUGAUAUCAACACCCAGAGAGCAGGGCUCAAGUGUUGUUGAAAAUUAUUCACAAAGUCAACCCUUAAAAGAGAUGAUCAGAGAAUGUAGAUACAGAUAUUUGGAGCUGGCAAACCUUGAACUUCCAGAGCUGUUGACCGGUUUGGGUCAAAUUGUGAAAGAACACAAUGGAGAGCAUGUCAGCUGUGAAGUGUUCAUGGAUGCCCCUGAUGACCUACAAAGAAUACAACAAAAGGAAACAAGGCCCAGAAUCGUGGAUGCUGUUAUGUCUUCUGGUCUUUUUCCCUGGGCUAACAGGGUGACACCCCCUCCCUCAGGGGAAAUCAGAAUUCUGCUGCUGGGGACAGACGACAAAACAACAAAACUUGGAGACUUUAUCACUGGAAAAGAACCACACAGCUCAACCAUUAAAGCAAAGCUUUCCACAGCCAAACAAAUGGUGCAGAGUGGAGAAUGGAGAGGAAAGUCUCUUACAGUUGUGAAAACUCCAGAAGUUUUCAGUGUUUCUUUGGAGAAGCGGAGAGAAGAGAUGAAGAAGGCUGUGAGUCUCUGUCCUCCUGGACCAAAUGUUGUGCUGCUGUUAGUGAAACCUUCUGAUUUCACUGAAGAGAAAAGGAAAAGACUGAAGUUCAUCCUGAGUUUGUUUGGUCAAGAUGCUUUCAAACACUCAGUGGUCAUCAGCACACAUAAGGAGGAUAAAACAGAUGUCUCUUUUAGAAGUCUCAUUAAAGACUGUGGAGAACGACACUACAGUAUGGCUGAAAACAACUGUGAUGUAUUAAUGCAAAAGAUUGAGAAAACUGUUCAUGACAACAAAGGAACCUUUCUCACUGUCAUCGAGGAUUCAGUCGCCCCAAAGUCUGGUCUUAUGAAAACAGCUUUGAGCCUGGUUCUGUGUGGAAGGAGAGGAGCAGGGAAGACUUCAGCAGCUGAGGCCAUUUUAGGUCAGACAGAUCUUCAUUCAGUCUCCAGCUCAUCAGAGUGUGUUAAACAUCAGGGAGAGGUGAGCGGACAUUGGGUUUCCCUGGUGGAGCUUCCUGCCCUGUAUGGAAAACCUCAGGAGGAGGUGAUGAAGGAAUCAUUCAGGUGUGUCUCUCUCUGUGAUCCUGAGGGCGUCCAUGCCUUCAUCCUGGUUCUACCUGUGGGUCCACUCACUGAUGAAGACAAAGGAGAGUUGGAGACCAUGAAGAACACAUUUGGGAGUCGAUUCAAUGACAUCACUGUGUUGCUGUUCACUGUUGAGUCAGAUCCCUCAGCUCCAGCUGUUGUUAACUUUCUAAAAGAAACCAAGUCCAUCCAGGAGCUUCUUCAGAGCUGUGGAGGAAGAUCUUUGGUUCUAAACAUCAAGGACAAGCAGCAGAUCCCAGAGCUGUUGGACAUGGUGGAAAAGAUGCACGAAGAUAAAUCCAAAUCAUUCAUCUUCACAACACAAACAUUUGCACAAGCCCAAAUAGAAAAGAUCGUAACUCUACAGGCUGAGCUGAAGAACCUGAAAACAAAAGACCCAAUCAUCUGUGAUGAUGAUAAGCUGAGUGAAGAGAGUCUCAGGAUUGUGCUGAUAGGGAAGACUGGCUCUGGGAAGAGUUCUUCAGGAAACACCAUUCUGGGAGGGAACACAUUUGAAGCUGAAGUAUCCCAAAUUUCAGUCACAAAAUGUUGUGAGAAAGCACAAAGUGAUGUGAACGGUCGUCCGGUCACUGUGGUUGACACUCCUGGUCUGUUUGACAAUAGCUUGUCUCAUGAAGAGGUUCAAGAAGAGCUGAUUAAAUGCAUCAGUCUUCUGGCUCCAGGACCACAUGUCUUCCUGUUGGUGUUACAAAUCGGCAGAUUUACACCAGAGGAGAAGGAGACAUUAAAACUCAUCAAGGAAGUCUUUGGGAAGAAUGCUGAAAAGUUCACCAUCGUUCUUCUAACUGGAGGAGAUUCAUUAAAGCGUAAGAACACGUCCAUUGAAGAAUACAUUGAUAAGAAAUGUGAUGAUUCCUUUAAGAAACUCCUUGCUGACUGUGGAGGAAGAUACCACGUGUUUGAUAACUGUGAGGAACAAAACAGAACUCAAGUCAGUGAGCUGAUAACCAAGAUUGAAGAAAUGGUGAGCACUAAUGGAGGCAGCUGCUACACCAAUGAGAUGCUGCAAGAAGCUGAAGCCGCUAUAAAGAAAGAAAUGGAGAGACUCUUGCAGGAGAAAGAAGAAGAGAUGAAGAGAGAGAGGGAGGAGCUUCAAAAGAAACACGAGGAAGAAAUGAAAGAAAUGAAACAAAGAAUGGAAGAACAGAGAAUAGAAAUUGAAAAGGAGCGACAACUGAGAGAAAAACAACUCCAAGAAAAGCAGGAGAGGAUCAACAAGGAUCGUAAGGAGAGAAAGAAAGAACAGCAAAAGAGAGAAGAAGAAACAGGAAAAGAGAGCAGAGGAAGAAAUUAAG